AUGGUGGGAAGACUCCUUACGGAGAGAUCUUUCAAUAAGCAAGCAAUGAUUAAUACUCUGAAACAGGUUUGGAAAUUAGUCAAGGAAUUUUCAAUUAUUGCUUUGGAGGAAAAUCUAUUUUUGUUUAAGUUUGCAUCGGAGGCUGAUAUGGAUCGUGUCUUGGAGGGUUCCCCAUGGACUUUUGAUAAGCAUCUUUUGUUGUUUGCAAACUAUGAUGGUAAUCUGUGUCCGGAAGAUUACAACUUCACUAGGGCGCCGUUUUGGAUUCGGAUCUAUGAAUUGCCAUUGGGGAAGCGGAAUCUGGAGGUGGCGGAAAAGCUUGGCAAGAAGAUGGGGAAGUUGAUUGCUGUUGACCCCUCUCUAGACAUGGAAGGUUGGUCUCGAUUCCUCAGAGUAAGAGUUGAGAUUGAUGUGACCAAACCACUCCGAAGAACAAUUUUGCUUGGGAAACCAUCCGAGGGGACAAGGGGACGGUUGGCCUAUGAGAGGCUACCGGUUUUUUGUUGUUAUUGUGGUUUAAUUGGUCAUUGCGGUGUCGACUGUGAGGAUGGAGAAGGGGGAAAUAUCGAACGGACGGUGCAUUAUGGUGAGUGGCUUAGAGCUUCACCUUUGAAGGCGAAGCUAACAGGGACGGGCUCACGUGUUCCUCGGCGUGGUGAAAACAAUGGCAACUUAUCGCCGGCGGCAUCUCAAGUUGGAAGCGAUGAAAGCAGGGAAAGGCUAGCUAUUGAUUGUAGGAAUCAUGGCGUGAAUCAAGGAAACUGUGUGGCAAGUCAACUAGAAGAAGAUAUUGAGAAAGAAAUGGGGCGAUUGAAUUCAGCCUUAUUGGCUGGCCCAAAAAAGAGUAAAAGGGAUACUGAUAUGGAGAUUAAUGGGCCUGCUCGUUCAAAACAAAAAUUAGCUUUAAUUGAUGAGGAUUCUAUUAGUUCAUUCGGUAACAACAGUGUUGCUGAAGUUGAUGAAGGAGGUGAAACUGGUAACUCGAAAAAUAAUGGAGUAUCAAUGGGAGGUGGGAAUAAGAGUAACAAGAAAGCUAAAAGUUCUUGGAAGAGGCGUGCAAGAAUAACUAGUGGAGUAAGGGAUGCGAGUUUACUUAAUGAGAAAAUUAGUUUGGCUAUAGGCGAUGGGUUAACGAGAGUUGAGAAUCAGUUCACAGCCCCGCCGAGAGCCAUGAUAGGUGUUUCUUGGAACUGCCGUGGGCUUGGGAACCCACGAGCAGUUAGAGCUCUUCGGGCGCUUAUUAGAAAGGAGCGACCGAAUGUUCUUUUCUUGAUGGAAACAAAGUUACCCGAGCAUAAGUUAGAUAGUAUUAGGCGUAGAUGUGGUUUCAUAGCUUGUUUUGGAGUUGGUGCUAUUGGACGGAGUGGGGGGCAAUUAGCUACUCAUGCAGAGAAAACAUGGUUUUGUUUCGGGGAUUUUAAUGAGAUACUUUGGCAGGAAGAGAAAGAUGGAGGUCGACUUAGACCUGAAAGGCAAUUGGUUGAUUUCAGAGAUGCUUUGCAAGACUGUGAGUUGCAGGAUGUUGGUUUUCAUGGUCAUAUUUUUACUUGGAACGGUGUAACCCGUACUGGUAAAUUAGUUAAAAAGAGGUUAGAUCGUGGAGUUGCAUCUAUGGAUUGGCUUUCUCGCUUUCCUACAGCUUGUGUGUCUCAUCUGAUAACAAGCGUCUCUGACCAUUCUCCAAUAUUACUUAAAACUGAAGUGAGAAGACAUCGUAGGAAAAGAAAACCAAAGGAAUGUAAACGGAGUUAUUUUGAGACGAGUUGGUGCAAAGAGGUAGAUUGUGAACAGUUGAUUGUGGAUAAUUGGGAAUUUUCAAAUGGCAUGGAGCUAUUGGCUCGUAUUGGUCACUUACGUGAUUCUUUACGAGGAGUUUAUGCCAAGAAAUUUUCAGUUGUGAAAGAACGGAUUGAUGAAAUUACACAAGCUUUAAAGGUUGUUGCCGAAACUGAUCGAUGGGGUAAUAUGCGAAAAAAAGAAGCAGAUCUUCGAGAAGAGUUGAACAGGUUGUUGGAAGAAGAAGAAACGUAUUGGAUGCAGCGGUCUAGAGUUAAUUGGUUGAGUGAUGGAGAUCGAAAUACUUCUUUUUUCCAUGCUCAAGCCUCUAAGCGGAGGAAAAAGAAUUCGAUCGAAGGGUUAGAAGGAGAUGAUGGACAAUGGACGAAUGAUUUAGCUGAUAUCCAGGAAAUUACUUCUAAUUAUUUUAAGAAACUCUUUGACUCGAGUGGCUUUUUGCAAUUUGAUGAAAUCCUUGAAGCUGUCAAUCCUUCGAUUACAGCGGAGAUGAAUGAACACCUUCUAACAGAGUUCACUGCCGAGGAGAUAUUUACUGCCCUUAAACAGAUGCACCCCAUAAAAGCCCCUGGCCCUGACGGAAAACAGGGAAGUGGGGUUUUUUUUGCUCUGAAACUUGACAUGAGUAAAGCCUACGACAGAGUUGAAUGGGAUUUUUUGGAAGCAAUCAUGCUUCGUAUGGGGUUUGCUACUCGCUGGGUUGAGAUGAUUAUGCGAUGUGUUCGAUCUGUGUCAUUUUCUGUUGUGGUAAAUGGGGAUGUUACUGAGGAGUUUAAACCAGCUCGUGGGUUGCGCCAAGGAGAUCCGUUGUUGCCGUAUCUCUUUUUAAUGUGUACUGAAGGUCUUUCUGCAUUGCUUUCGAAAGGCAAGACUGAUGGUUUAUUAAGUGGAGUUUCUGUAAGUCGAAAUGGCCCAAGAGUGAGUCAUCUUUUUUUCGCUGACGACAGCCCGUUGUUUGGAAAAGCUAACAGUGCCGAGAGCGAAAAGGUGCGGGAUUAUUUAAAGAUCUAUGAAGAAUGCUCUGGACAGAAAAUCAACUUUGAUAAGUCAGUUGUGUUUUUUAGCAGCAAUACACUACAGGCUGAUAGGGACCGAAUUAGAGAAUUUUUCGGAGUUGGGGAGCAGAGUAUAAUUGAGAAAUAUUUGGGCUUACCGACUUUAGUGGGGCGAAAUAAGAAAAGUACCUUCAAUUGGAUCAAAGAACGAAUUGCUAAGAAAAUAGGGAGCUGGAAUAUGAGAUGGCUAUCUCAAGGAGGUCGAGAGGUAAUGAUCAAAUCUGUAUUACAAUCGAUCCCUACAUAUGCUAUGCAAGUUUUUUCUUUUCCUCAGACUUUGUGUAAUGAGAUUGAUGGUAUGAUUGCUCGGUUUUGGUGGAAGCAACAAAUUGACAAACGGCCAAUUUAUUGGGUAGCUUGGUCUAAAUUAUGCAGAGCAAAGGAUUUUGGCGGUUUGGGGUUUCGGAAUAUGGAGUGGACUUCAUUUCUUGAUGCCAAGGUUGGUUGGACUCCUUCUUUCACAUGGCGUAGUAUCCUCAAGGGGCGUGAGCUGCUACAAUUUGGGUUGAGAUGGCGUAUUGGAGAUGGAAGAAAUGUGAGAGUUUUGAGAGACAAAUGGGUGGCGAAUUUGGAUGAUUUUAUUCCACAUUCGGGUAAUGGCAAAAUUCCAGAAGAUAUGCUAGUGGCUGAAUUGAUGCAGGAGGAUGAUACAUGCUGGAAUAGAGAUUUAAUAAGAACUAUUUUCAAUGAAGCCGAUGCUGAAGCUAUCCUGCAAAUUCCUUUGAGUUAUAGGCUGCGGCAUGACAUCCUUGUAUGGCAUUUUGAUAACAAAGGUUUCUAUUCUAUUAAAAGUGGAUACAUGACUCUAUGUAACCUCCAUGGUGAUGAAGAAAAUGAAGAUUUAGAGACGAUCCAGGAUGACAAACGCUUUCUUAGGUGCAUUUGCAAUGCAGAGGUUCCUCCUAAGGUUCGGGUAUUUGCUUGGAGAUUGUUCUAUGAGAUUCUUCCUGUUAUGGAGAACUUGUACUCUCGGCACAUUGAGGUUGAGAGAUGGUGCUUUCGGUGCAAACAGGAACAUGAGACAAUUAUUCAUGCUAUCCAGCAUUGUCCUUUUGCCAUUGAGGUUUGGAAUCAUGUGUCUAAUUUUUUUGUCCAUGAUGAAGCUAAUCAAGUUGUUGAUGGAGUUCGUAUUGAUUUGGAGACAAAUUCUGAUUGGUUUCAUUUAAAUCUACUUACGGCUUGGGCUAUUUGGGGGGCAAGAAAUAUGGCUUUGUAUGAUAAUAAGGUUACUAGACCUUUUGAUACAACUUUUUUUGCUUACUCAUACUUCAAAGAGUAUGCUAGAUGCAAAAAAGCGGCUGCUAUUCGGCAGAAGCCCGACCCACCACGUUGGUCUCCCCCGGUCUCUGAAAUUGUAAAGAUUAACUUUGAUGCUGCUGUCUCUGCUGCUAAGAAGAUUGGAGCCUAUGGAGUUGUAGCUAGAAACUCUUCUGCUCUGCCUCUUGGAGCAUGUUCAGGUAUGAUUCCACAUGUAGUAGAUGCCUAUAUUGCUGAAAGUUUUGCUGCUGUCCGUGCUUUGAGUUGGGCAAGAGAAAUGGGGUUUCAUAGAAUUAUCCUUGAAGGGGAUGCUCUAAAUAUCAUCCGAAAGAUUAAUUCACAUGAAUCCGAUUUUUCGCCUAUUGGAGCAUAUGUAGAAGAAGCGAGGAGUUUAAAGAUUUUAUUUCAGAAUUGUUCCUUGCAGCAUAUAGGUAAAUCAGGCAACAUGGUUGCUCAUCAUUUAGCUCAACAUGGUUUAUCUAUUAAUGAGAAGAUUGUAUGGAUUGAGGACAUGCCUCUUUGGUUGCAUGAUUCUCUAAACAAUGAUUCCAUGGUUUUUGAUAAGAGGCCGAUCUCGUCUUCCUCAUCGAAGAAAUUGAAGUCUCCCCUACCAAGAGAAGAUACGCCUCUUAUAGGAAACAAAAAGCCGCUAUCUUCACAGCCCAAGACCUUUGCAAAUGUUUUCAUCGCCAUAGUUGGAGCUGGUGUUCUGGGUUUGCCGUACGCUUUCAAGAGAACGGGAUGGAUCAUGGGCCUGCUCAUGCUUUUUUCUGUAGCUACCUUGACCACCUACUGCAUGAUGCUUUUGGUUUAUACCCGACGGAAGCUCGAGUCUUAUGAUAAUGGGUUUGCCAAAAUUGCCUCUUUUGGCGAUCUGGGUUUCGCUGUUUGUGGCUCCGUUGGCAGGUUUGUUGUCGAUGUUCUUAUUAUUCUCUCUCAAGCUGGAUUUUGUGUUGGAUAUCUUAUAUUCAUCGCAAACACUUUGGCCAAUCUUUUUAACGGUGAAACAUCAACGAAAUUGAGCUUAAGUUUGGGGAUGUCCAGUUUUACAGCAAAAAGUUUGUAUAUAUGGGGAUGUUUUCCAUUUCAACUGGGGUUAAAUUCAAUUGCAACAUUAACCCAUUUGGCUCCAUUGAGUAUUUUUGCUGAUGUGGUUGAUCUUGGGGCAAUGGGGGUUGUAAUUGUUGAGGAUGUGGCACUUAUUCUGAAGGCAAAACAUGAGGUUGUGGCUUUUGGGGGUCUCUCUGUGUUUCUUUAUGGCAUGGGUGUGGCUGUUUAUGCAUUUGAAGGUAUUGGUAUGGUUUUGCCUAUAGAAUCUGAGACGAAAGAUACUUCUAAGUUUGGCAGGGUAUUGGCACUGAGCAUGGGUUCUAUUUCUUUGAUAUAUGGAGCAUUUGGUGUGCUUGGUUAUUUUGCAUUUGGUGAAGAUACAAAAGACAUCAUUACUGCUAAUCUGGGGGCAGGCUGGUGUGUGCUGCGGUUUGGGGUUUGUAUUGCCAGCUUUGUUUCAUUUGCUGGUGUUCAAGGAAGAGCUGGGGUGGAAGGGAUGGACUUUGGAUAUCGGAAUUGUGACCAUAGGCCUUGUUCUUGGAGUUGCAGGAACAUGGUCUUCUCUAAUGGAGAUUUUCUCAGUGAAGGUAUAAGGCAUAUGCCAUAUGGUGUUGCUAUGAAGGUGAAGCUCUGA